AAUCGGAAAAGCUCGACGCCGACCGACCCUAUAUCGUCGCGAUGCGCCAAUGUUUACUACCGACGUCGCGGUGCUUUUCUUCAGUUUGCCGCAUCGCGAUCUAGAGUGUUGGUCGUAUUCGGCAGUUCUCUGAAAUUUACCUUUCGGCACGACUUCGCGAAGUUUUCGCCGGUUCGUACACAUCGCGUGUUGUGAACUUGAUUUUUUGUGCAAUUUUCUGUGAAAACAAGAGAAAUUUUGCGUCAAGGGGGUUUUAAAAUCACAUGGAUGGAUAUCUUGGACCUUAACAAAAUUACAGCUGCUGCCAAAAAGGCUAGCCAAAAGCAAUCAGCUAAAAUGAAGUUGAGUAAAGUGGGAAACCAAACAAACUCACAAGAUCCUCAAGCGGUAAAUUCUCGAGUGUUCGUUGGCAAUCUAAAUACCUUCCAAUGUUCAAAAACGGAUGUUGAAAGGAUGUUCCAACGAUACGGACGACUAGCCGGAAUAUCAAUGCACAAAGGAUAUGCUUUUGUUCAGUUCACAAACCCCUUUGAUGCUAGAAGUGCCUGUUUAGGAGAAGACGGCAGGACCGUACUUAGUCAAAUUUUAGAUGUAAAUAUGGUUGCUGAACCCAAACCACAUCAAACGGGUAGGAAAAGACAGAAUGUUGCCAAAACCGGAAAUGAUUGGGACUACUACUAUGACAGUUAUUACGCCUCGACAGCGUUUCCUGUAGGACCCACUCGACUGGUUCCCCCGAUAAAGAGACAGAGGUUGAUGACCACGACGAGAAAUGGAAAAAAUCAAUUGCAAAAAACCACGAGUAUUCCUCCACUUGACCAGCUUAAAGUUUACAGCAAUCAAGAUAUAUUGAUAUGCGGCAACUGCAGGGAACUCUUCUCCGAACUCCAGGAACUCCUCGAACACAAAAAAACUUACUGUAAAUUGCGUUUCACCUGCAAAUGCGAUUCAAAUAAAUCCAAAUCGCCAGAUGAUGCCAACACUUCAGCAUCUCUUUUAUGUGUUCAAUGUAAAGACGCUUUUCAAAACGCAUGGGAUCUUAUGGUACACGCACAAGCUGCGCAUAUGUUGAAUAUAUACGAAUUAGGAGUACCUUCACUCGGCAACUGUUCUCCCCCAUCACGUUCUCCCAGAGAUAACAAUACGCCAGAUAAGGAAGCCAAAUCUGAAACAGCUGUAGACGACGAAGAAGAAAACGGCGACGGAGGUCUAGAUAACGACGCUGAUCAUGACGUCGAAUUCAUAGUAAACGGACGAGAUGGUCUUACAGGCACUCCCGACUCCAACGAUAAAGAACUGGACGACCUGAUGGAUGUCCAGACAGCUCCAAAAACCUGUAUCAUGCAUGCCCUGAGCAUCGUCAGCGCAGCACCCUCCUCCCAACCAGGUACAUCCCCACCACCUUUGGCAGCUGUGGCUCCACAUACCGAAAAUGGAGAUGGUUGGAAGCCACAAGGCCACACGAGGCUUUCAGCCCACAAAAUACAACAGCAGCCAUAUUAGUUGACUCGUUAAGUUUAACGUUGACGAUAGCUUAGGGUAAAUUAAAUAUAUAUCGUUAUUAUACUAUGUUUUAGGCCAGUAAUCCUGCUUGGUAACAGUAAGUGUGUACUUUAUUCUACCAAAGUGACCUAUCUAAAUAUAAAAAAGUUUUUUAAGGCUAAGUAUGUAUCAUAAAUAUAUCAAUGUGUUCUGGUCAAUCAGUUGAGUUAAACGGACAUAAAAACUAAGUUUCUAUGUUUAUCAUAAAAAAUAGCAAUAUUAUGUUCUAAAAAUGGAGUCUAGACUCCCUGUUGUACUACCUGUGAUGCAGUGGUUCUUAUAUUUAAUGUAUUUCAAAAAAUAUUAAAGACAAUCUAAGGAAAUGGAAACUCAUAAACAUCUUGAAAGAAGCGGGAUUGGAUGAUAGAGACUUAAGAAUUAUAUAUAAUUUAUAUUACAACCAAACUGCCAUUAUUAAAGUGGAUGACCAAUUGACAGAGGCAGUCUCCAUAGAUAGAGGAGCGAGGCAAGGAUGCAUUCUGUCCCUGGUGUUGUUUAAUCUAUACUCUGAAUAUAUCUUCGAGCAAGCCCUGGAAGAACUACAGAAAGGGGUAUUAGUUAACACGGAAUGCGUCUAAACAAUAUUGGAUAUGACGAAGACGCAGUAGUUUUUGCAGAUAAUCUAGAUGGUUUGCUAAGAAUGAUGUCGUUUAUAUCAGAUAUAAGUAGAGAACACGGACUUGAUCGCAAUACGAAAAAAACCAAGUAUACGGUAGUCAGUAAGCGCGAAAUAUUAAAUACAAAGCUUUUGGUUAACCAACAACCAAUUGACAGAGUGGACAGCUACACAUACCUUGGUACCAACCUAAAUAGCCAAUGGGACCACUCAUGUGAAAUAAAACAACACAUAGGAAAAGCGAGAUCAGCGUUCAUAAUGAUGAAGUCUCUUUUCAGAAUUGACGAUUUACCACUUGAUACCAAAAUCUCUAUCAUCAGAUACUAUGUAUUUCUACGUUACUAUACGGAGUAGAGAAUUUCGUGGGUGGAUCGUGUGACUAAUUUGAAGGUCCUACGUAGAAUAGGCAAGGAAUGCGAGAUUGUUGACAUCAUCAAAAAGUGCAAACUAGAAUAUCUUGGUUUUUGGUGUUCUGCCUUAUAAUCUGUUAACUCUUCAAGCAGCUCUUGUUAAUCGACUAUAUCAAACACUUUCUCACAAUCCAUGAAUAUUAGGACCACUGGUUGGUGGGCAUGAAAACAAAGAAACAAUGUAUAAGACAUUAUUGUUAAAGGGGUUAUAACAUGCGUUGUUUUAAGAUAUAUACGAAGCCUUUUGAAAACAUAAUAUACAUUUUUUAUUAUUUCAUGAAUACAAGUUUGCUUGGAAUUUUCUCGUUUGAUUAUCCUAAUAUUAUACUACCCUAUAUAAGGACUACCGGCCUAAUAAUACCUUUGUUUAUUAUUUGGUUUAAUUUCCACCCUUCAUUUCGCUAAGUUCAAUAUUUGAUGAGGGUCAAAUUUUGGCAGAUGGGGUGUAAGUUCCCGUGUCAGUGAACCAAUGUUCCGUAUAUGUGUCAAAGCAUCUGUUGACAAUUUUCAGAAAGGGCUUAUAAUUAUAUAAGUAUAAUGAAAACGGGGAUUUUCGAGGAAACGUGAUUCUAAGUGGGAAAGUUUGUAACGGAAAGUUUUUCGGGUUAAAGCUAUAAAUAAAAUUAUUGAAUAUUAGAAGGCCAGAAUGUAAUAUAUUUUAGAACACAGUAGCCAUUUUUAUAGCUUUGCGAAUAACUGUAUAAAUGUGUCUCUAAUUCUUCACAAGCUUUUGACCACAUACAACAUAAUAUAAUAAAACGUAAGUUAGCGUAGAGUAGUGUAAGCCUGGAUAACAAACUAAAACUAAGCUAUUUUAUUGAUGUUAUAAUAUACAGUGCGUCCAUAAAGUAACGCAUAAAUUCGUUAUUUCGUAAACCGGCGACUUUAAGGAAAAAUCCCGAGACAGGUCGAUUUUUAUUUUAAAUUACGAUUUUUUGGAAUAUAUAUCAUACUAGUGACGUCAUCAUACUAGUGACGUCGAUACUAGGGGUCAUGUGAUGUCUUCUUUUUGUCUCAAUUAUUUUAAUUAAAAAAUGUUUUUUUGGACACCUUGUAUAAAUAAUUGUAUUAAUGUUUAUAUCAUAGAAUAGAGAAUUGAAUACCCUUUCAAAUGAGCUAUCACAUGACCCCUAUUCUCAUUUAAAAAAAUCAUCGACUACGUCAUCACGCACAAAUGGAUGACGUCACUAGUAUGAUAUAUAUGCCAAAAAAUCGGAAAUUAAAAAUAAAAAUCGACCUGUCUCGGGAUUUUUCUUUAAAGUUGCAGGUUUAUGAAAUAAUUAAUUUAUGCGUUACUUUAUGGACGCACAAGCAUUUUAACGAUUAAACAAGAAGAAGAAGAAUACCUAUAUAAUAAAACUAAUACAACGCUAAUACGUUGAAUUAACAAACUAAUUUUCAUCAAUAAACUAAAAAGUAAAAAUAUAAGCGUAAAAAUAAAAAUGUAUAUGGAUAACAGAAAUUUGGGACCCUGGAAAGAAAGAAUACUCGUAUAGAGUAAGUUAACAUCAAUCUGAAUUAACGAAAAAUGAAUAGUUAAAUAUUUUAGAACAAGUGUCCCUUUAAACGAAACGAUGUCGGAAAACCGUCAUGAUCAUUAUUAGCUUAUUCCUUCUAAAGCCGGACGUAAGAUUAUCUUUGGUAUGUCCGUUUGUUUCUAUUAGUGGUUUUUCCUAUGGAGGUCUUAAUAUAUCCAUUGUAGUAGCUUUUUAACACGUUGACGGACAAUGCCUCAAAUAUAUAAGCAAGUGUUGUGACACUAUAUCAAUUUUGCAAAGUAAAAUAGGAACAUUGCUGAAUUUCUUUUAGCGCUUAUAGUUUAUGGAAACAAUAAGUUUUUUAAAAAUUUUUGUAAGCAUGUGGACGACAACCAUGGAUGUCGUCUCACAUUUCAUAUGCAUCUGUAGAUGUAAUAUGUCAAAAAAUCUACUGAUUUUUUGUCACAACUCGUUAUUUUAAAAAUGUCGUCUAUAGACGUUGUGUCACAUUACAUCAAUCGAAAUUAGACCUCUAUAAACGUUCUGUCCGUCAACGUGCUAACACGGCCAAGCCAAGACUUGCGUCUUCUUCUUGGUCCGCUUUUAUUAUUGAUUUUGCCUUAGAUUAUAAGUUGGAGCAGUUCAUACUUUUGAUUUCUUACGAUGUGACCAAAAUAUUGUGUUUUCCGUUAUUUUGUAAUAGCGUAAGCUCCUUGUUCAACCUCUGCAAGACUUCCGUAUUUUUCGUAUACUUCAUAUAAGAUAUUCUGAGCAUUUUAUUGCAACACCAGAGUUUGAAUACUUGUAUCGUUAUUUGUGUUGCUUGUAUCAUUGUCCAAGAUUCAACAACGCAGACCAAGGUGGAGAAAACAUAGCACUUAGGUACCAAGUCCGAUUUUACCCUUGACAACUGUUAUAUAUACCAGUGCGUGGUCUCUCAAAGAGACAUCCAACCUCUGGCGCUCCAUAGACGUCUGAGUCAUAUGAAUAUUGUUUACCUUCCUUGUGACUGUUAAUGUUUCCGCUCCAUAAGUGAGUACAGGUAAUAUCUGCUGGCAAAAGAUUUUCUCUUGAGACAUAUGGGUGGGUCCGAUUUAAAUACAUAGUUUAAUUUAGCAAAGGCUGUCCAGGUUAAGCCUAUACAAUGUGAGAGCUCACAUGCCUAGUUAUCUCUACCCAACCGAAUUUAAUGGAUUAAGUAUUUAUACGUUUCAGUCUGCUAAAUAUCAUUGCCAUUAACAGCAAUAUAAGGAUUUAAUACCAGAUUAAUCAUUAUUUGCAUCUGGCUUAUAUUGAAGUUUAGUCCCAUCUCCAAGGAAAGCUGCUAUAAUUUUUCCAUUAUUAUUGCAUCGUCCAUACGAUGGGCUCUAUGGAGAGUGUCGUCUGUGAAUCUCAAAUGGCUGAGCUCUAUUCAUGUUGAUACCAUACUCGUUAAAAUUUGCCUUAAAGUAUGUUAUAAGAGUGUCAUGAAUAGCUUUGGAGAGACGGUGUCCAUGUGUCGUUUAUGGAGAUAUUUUUAUGCUAGUCGUAGCAUUUUUGUAGAUAUAUUGCAUUAUGUGAAUGUAACGAUGAUUUGUUCGAUAUUCUAUUGACGCUUUUAGCGUUAACUGCUGGCUAGUAGUGUCGAAUGCUGUCCCGUAUUCCACGAAUAUCCGUUAUGUCCAUUUAAGUUUAGGCUUAUUAUUCAAAAAAGGGUUAUUCGUUCAUUUUUCCCUCUCGCUCUCCCUCAUUUCUUUCGCCAUAUCCAUUACUUGUAAUAUUGUUUUUAUGUCCUCAUAAAAUUUUUCGAUUUCUUCAUCCGAAUGGGUAGAGUCGUAGAUCAUAAUAUGUCUAGAUUACCUUAAAGUUAUAUCUUGCAUUUCAUUUUUAAAAUGAAGUAUACAAUCCUCAGCCUAUUCUGUAAAUUUUAACCAUAUUUUGUAUGCCUUUCUCUAAAAUAAAAUAGUUGUUCAGAUUUAAGAGUAAUCUGGGCUUCUAUUUUUUCCAUUUCGCAUAUAUGAUAUCCCAUUUUAUUGUUUUCAGCUCUUCCUCCAGUUCCAUCAUCUUCUGGUGCGAUAUAAAAGUUUUCACGUUGGAUGAAAUAAUAUGCAUUUUUCGCUCUUUGUGAUAGCGUGAUCAUUUCUGAAAAUUCUUAGCACUCACUGCUCGAACCUAGUUCCAACCAUUACCUUAGUUCAGAAAUUUUCGUCUUUCUUGGAAAAAAACUUUUGGAAUUUUUUAGCCAUGAAAACGCUACGCUUGGCUAGUACGUAUUUGCGAGUUGGUUUGGAUGUGGAGGAAGGAACGGGUGGAGAUGGGAAUGCUACAGGCAUAAACAUGGUUUUCCCGGGGAUGGGUAGCUAGGAAAAUCCAUGAGCUCACGUGAGCAGGUUUGCUUUUCGUGAUCUGUCCCAUGUCGGGAUCUCAGGGAAGUAUCCACCCGCUACCCAAAUUACGAUUUAAAAAAAAUAAUGAGAAGAAAGGAAUGUACAUUUGAAACGAAGGUGAUUUUAGUUGUUUUUUAAAACCACAUUAAAAAUAUUAGUAGAUACUUCGGAGUCUAAAAAUCUUAAUAUUAUAUAUUUAAACAGAAAAUAUGUAAUUAUACACCUGACAGAGAUAUGAAGCAUGGCAGCUUUUCAUAUUUAUUAACAUUGUGAAUAGUAAUUAUUAUUAUCAACAUCGUUUAAUAUCUUAAACUUGUUGAGAUUUUUUAUUUACAUAAUGUAAUACAUAUGUAACAAGUAAAACAUGUAACAUGUAAUACAUGUAAUUGAAAAAAAUAUUUCUUCCCUUCAUCCAAUAUUGAACUAUCUAUAUUGCUAGAAUUAGAUAAUAAAAAUAAACGAAUGCAUACCAUCUUAAAAAUCUGUAUAUAUUUUUACAGUUACAAAUUAAUAUUGUUUUAUUUAUAAUAUCCAAUUAUUAAUUUUUAUAACAUAUUAAAUAGUAGCGUUGAAAAUGACAAUUAUAGAUCUUUUUCAAUAUAUUAUCAAUUAAUCCCUUGUUAUCUGAUCUCAGUUUUUCUGUAUUGUCAUGAUUGAAUACAUUAGCAAGCCAUAAAAGACAUAUCUGCAAAUGUGUUGCUUGUAGCUAAUGAAGAUGUGGGUUUUUCUGGGCAUUAAUCACUUAACCCAUCCGCGGACACGGCUGCAUAUGCAGACGGUAAUUUACCUUUGUAAGUGUCUGCAUAUGCAGUCGUGUCCGCGAAGGGAUUAAGGACCAAUUUUAAGCGAUCGAGCUUUUGAGACUGGAAAAAAAUCAGUUGAUAGUUGCAAUAUAAUUAAAACCUAAUGCACGUCAUACCCUUAUCUGGAAUAAUUAGUACUAUUUUAAACUAUAAAGAUUGUGAGACGAAAAAUUAAUAAAAAGUUGCUGGAAAGUAAAAAAUUGCAGUUUUUUCGCAAAUUAAGAUAUUAAUUUAUACCUAUGACAUAUAUUCUUAUUCACGUAAAGCUGCUUGGAUUAGUUGUUAUGUAUCGCCAAAUAAUUUCUUAUUCACAUCCCAUCUUCUUCUUCUCAAAAGUUCCCUCUCCUUAAUGGAGGUUGGCUACUACAAUUUCAAACACUUCUCUGUCUUCAGCUGUUCUUAUUAGCUGUUCAAAAUUUAGCCCUGUCCAUUGUCGGAUGAUUCUAAGCCACGAUAGUCUUUUCCUUUCUAGUCCUCUCUUUACCUCGAUCUUUCCUUUCUCUAUUAGUGUAGCAUAUUGGUAAUUAUUUCUCAGUACGUAGCCUAGGUAUGAUGUUUUUCUAACUUUUACUGUGUUAAAAAGUUCUCUUUCCUUAUCUGUUCUAUGCAGCACUUCUUCGUUUGAGGUAUGCGAUGUCCAUGAAAUUUUGAGGAUUGAAACGACAUAUUAUUCCGUCUUUUUUUCUCAUGAUUUCUGAAAUUGAUUCCUGAUUCCUCUCAUGAUAAUGAAAAAAGCCAAGUCUAAAGUGAAGUUAGAGAAACUAUCUUCUUCUUCUUCUUCUUCUUCUUCUUCUUCUUCUUCUCCUUCUCCUACUUCUUCUUAUAAUAGGCCUCUUGGCCUGUUCCUUACCAAUUUUGAGCUUGUAUUCGUAGCUGUGAUGAUGACUGCCAGCUAUCUCACCUUCUAAAGGGCCUUCCUAUUGGUCUCUUGCCUGUUGGCUUCGAAUCCCUGGCUAUACGGGUUAUUCUUUCGCUGUCCAUUCUCGUUACAUGCUGAUUCCACUCUCGUAGUCUCUGUCUUCCCCACCGUAAUAUAUCUUGUAUGUUACAGAGAUCUCUUAUUCUGUCGUUCGGUAUUAUGUCUCUCAGUGUUUUCCCAGUUAUUGACCUAAACGUUCUCAUUUCUGAUGUUCUCAGUAUCCUCUUGGUUUCUGCUGAGUCACAUCUUGUUUCUAUCGCGUACGUCAUGAUCGGUCUUACACAUGAUUUGUAUAUGCGUACUUUCCCUUCCAGCCUCAUAUAUUUGUUUCUCCAGAUGACACCCUCAGACAUCCUGACACGUAAUUGACUUUAUUUGCUUGCUUUCGGACGCUCUCUUUAACAUCUCCAUAACUACAUAUUUUGACUCCCAGAGAAACUAUGUUUGUGUUUUUCUAAGUAACACUCCCGCGCAAUAUUUUGGUGACGGUUUCUACUAAAACUUCAUGUAACUCCUAGAAGUUUUAUUUGCAGUUCUGAGUAAUAAACAAUGAGUUUUCCGUUCGCUGCUUGAGUAUAAAAAUGACUCAUUAUUCCCCCAUUUUUCUCAUAAUUCCUAUUUAACUUAUUUUUUAAGAUUUAAAUUUAAAUGAAAUUUAGAUUAUUUGAGUUAGCUCUCCGCCCAAUAAAUAUCUUUUUGUGAGAUUGUCUGCUUUUCUAAAGGAAUAAUUCUUACUCCCUAGCACUCUGAUAAUCGUCUUCGUGAGUCUUUGCUAUUCUCUUCCACUCUUAUCAGUCCUGUGCCUGUGUUUCUACUGCCUUACCCUUAUUUAUAUAGAUUCGGGUUAGAGCCUUCCUGCGACGUUGUCCAAUGCCCAAUUGCCACCGCGUCCUAUCAUUACAAUAUUAUUCUCUUAAUCCUCGUUCGCUCAUUAAUCUUCUAACUCCUUUCAUACACGAUUUCUUUGGUCUUCCUCGUUUCCUGUGUUCAAGUGGUAUCUAUUUUGCUACUUUCUGUGGUAGCCCUCCUUCUGGCAUUAUUUGAACACCAUGUAAGCUGUUUUUUCUCUAUGCAGUCAGUCACAGUUUCUUUUAGAUCAAUUUCUUCCUUUAUUGGUUUAUUGUGAACCCUAUUAAGUUUCGUUUUUCUAGCUGCUCUUCUUAAUGCAUCCAUUUCUGUGGCUUCUAUUUUCGAUAUUUGAUAUUCUUUAAGACACCAUAUUUCAGAUCCGUACAGAAGUGUGCUUUUUAUCAUUGUGUUAUAUAUUCUCAAUUUUCUUUGUUUGCCUAUUUCAGUACUUCAGAUUAUCUGACUUCAUCUUUUUACCUUUUACCAGGCCGUUUUACAGUUCUUCUUACAUUUGGUUUCUCUCAAAGUAUACCAUAAUUAACCAUAAUUUUAGUUGAAAAAUGUUUAUUUUUACGUUUCGAACUGUGGAAAUCGUUCUCAAAAUGAAACACAUUAUUCUGUGGUCUUCCUUGGUAAGACAAGAAGCUCUUUUGAAUAACUGAAUUGUAUUUGACUUAUGUAUAAUGCUUAUUUAAACGUAUAUGAUAAAUUUUAAAGCAGAUUACUUUAAAAUGAGAUUGUCAAUAUCAUUUUGAGGUGUAAUUUUCCUCAUAUAUUUCAUCUAAUUACAUAUCAGUCCAUGUAUCAUAAAUAGUGGCAUGAAAUGUUUUAGACAAUACACUAAACCUUUGAUCGGAUAACAGAACUUAUAAUUAAAUUUAUCUCUCUUUGGACCAUUUUCUACAACCUCAGUUUUUGCUUUGAACAACAACGUGGUAGAUAAUUAUAAAGAUCUAUUUGGAUUUAAAAUACUGUAUCUCAUUUUGUACAAAAAUGGGGUAUUUUUCAUUAUUUUUUUUUCUACAAAAUUUUAUGGUGCACCCAUGUAAAAGAAACUAACUGUAAUCAUGAGUCCAUCAUAUGGACGUACCUCUGCCUUCCAGAAUUUCGGUAAGUCGUUUUAUAGAGAGCGUCGUAGCAGGUACAGUUCACCAAAUAUAGCUGAAAGUGUGAAAUUCCCAUUGCCUGCGCUAACAAUGAAGUGAGAACGCACAUACAAACGGUCUGGAAUGUCAGUGCGAGUGCGAGGUCCGUCGUUUGACGAAUGCGCAUCAUGAUCGUCACGCGUUUUCAGACUUUCAGCUAUAUUUGGUGAACUGUACCAGAGAAUAAUAUUAUACCUGUCUUUCCUCUAUUAAACUUCUAGUGACUACUAAAAUAGGAAGCUUAGCUAAGAAUCCAGUACUUCUCAAUUAUAUUCAAGUCUAUCUUGACCGAAACAUGUCGUACUGUGAAACAGACAGACUAUAAUAGGAUUUAUCUCAUUAUUAAGAUCUUUUAGAAAUCGCUAAAUUAACUUAAAGUAUUCGUUAGAUAUUUAUUUAUAUAACAAUAAACAUCACGCAUACUUGUUGUAAUUGAAUAAGUGGAACACCUUAGCUAAAGUGCACGGUUUGCUUACUCAACAAGGUUGAUUAUUCAUUUGACACAGUAACGAAAAUAUAUAUAUAUAUAUAUAUAUAUAUAUAUAUAUAUAUAUAUAUAUAUAUAUAUAUAUAUAUAUAUAUACAAACAUAUUUACAUAACGAAGUAUUUGAUAAAUAUUGGAACACGUUGAGAUUUGAGUCAUUAGUGGGUCGGUAGAGUUAGUUAGGUUUGAUGGUUUGCUGUCGUUAGAGCAGAAUUAUGUAAUCACCUAUCAACUGAAUACAUUUAUAUGGUAUUAGUUCAACAAAAUAAAGUUAGUUCAAUAAAGUAAAUUAGUUCAUCCAGGGUAGUUCAAUCCUCAGUUAGCACCAUAAGACUUUUAAAAGAAAAAAACAGUCCUGUUUAGGUUACUGGUGUCUGGUACAUAAUUCGCAACCCUCUAUAAAAUGUUAAUAUUUUCCAUUAUAGCAAGCGUAGAAAAAUUAAACCAGCUUAUGUAUUUUGAUUUUGAAGAAGGCUUAAUUUGACAGACUACGAGAUCACUUUUAAGUUCUUUUUGCCCGAUAUUCUUUUUCUUUAGGUGUCGUAUCCUUAUUCAGACGUUGGCGUCAUCAUGUUUACAAUUUCCUGAAACCUUUCUCUAACGGCUGUUGCGCAAAAUAAUGCUUCUAUUGUGGAACUACACCAUUGUCUAAUAUUACGCAGCCAUGAAAGUUUCUUCCGACCAAUCCAUCUCCUUCCCUCUACUUUACCUUUUAUUAUAAGGGAAGUAGAUUGAAUGUCCUCUUAUUAUAUGUCAGAAGUAUUCUGUUUUCCCCUCUUUGUGAUAUUUAUGAGCAGACUUUCUGAAUUCAUCAUUUGAAGAACAUGUUCAUUGGAAGUGUACGAUACCCACGAUAUCUUUAGUAUUUGUUGAUAGCACCACAACUCUAAUGCUUCUAAUUUGUUUAGCAUUGUAGUUUUUAACGUCCAUGUCUCACAACCAUAUAAUAGGAUAGACCACACAUAACAUUUCAAGACAUGCUUGCGAAUAUUCAUCGACUGACUGUGUUACAUAGAACUGGUUUCCAGGUCAUAUACGCCCUACGUUAUAUUUCGAUCCUGGUUAUUAUCUCUUCACCAGAGCCACAAUCUACAGUUAAUUAGCUGCCAAGUUAUUAAAAAUGGUUUACCCGUUCUAUCUCCUCUCCAUUAAGAGAAAGCAGACAUUGAUCUAUAUUAAUUUAUCUUAACUACCAUCCACUUUGUCUUUGAAAUAUUGAUUUUAAGGUCUCUCCGAUAACUUGCUUCACUGACUAGAUUUACUAAUGUAUCUAUACUAAUGUACCAUAUAUGGAAAUAUAUCUUGUAAAUUUUCUGCAAGAAUGGCUGUAUCGUCAGCGUACCUGAUAUUAUUCACCUAUUCUUACUCCCUCUGUCAUCCAAAGCCUCACAAAAGAUAUCUUCAGAGUACAGAUUCAACAGACUGGGUGACAAAACACAACCCUCUCAUACUCCACGUUUGAUGGGUCGUUGCCAGUAUGACUAUCGCCAGCUUGGAUAGAGACUACUUGAUUGUAAUAUAAGUAUUUUAGUAGUCUUUGUCGUAAUGGUCAAGGCCUGCUGCCCGCAUGCAAUCGAAAAGUGUAUCGUCUUAUGCUCGGGCGAAUGCCUUCUCGAAGUCGAUGAAACAUCGCCCGAUAUAGUGCUAUAUAAACUGCCACUCUAUGAAUCAUUUUCAAACUUCAUCUAUCAGCAAAAUGAGAUACAGUUUCUUUAUAAACAUUUAACACCUCUGCAUGUCUCUUUGUAUCGUUUAACUGAAUCAAGAUCACUUUGCUAAAAUAUAAAGACCUUCCUUUUGAUACUAAGAAAAAAUGAUGAUAUAAUUUAUUAAAAAUCGUAUUUUAAGAUACUGGAGACAUUUGUAACAUUUAAUUCAUUUAACAAACCAAGUAUAAGUUUUCAGCAAAAUAGAUGAAAUUUUUGUCGCUUUAACUAAAAUAAUUUACUAAUUGUCGUGAUAACCUUCUUGUAGUAAGAGAAUGAAGAACAAUCUUAAUCUGUAUAUACUUAUAUGUAAAAAAUAAACGGACAUAUCAUAUACAUAUACAAAGAAAAAUGAUUUAUUUGUAAAUUCUGAAAACCUUUAGAAAUGGGUGUCGAAGACAUUUACAGGUGUUAUUUAAAUUUAGAAAGUAGUAAGAUUAUUACCGUUGUUUCAAACAUUAACCGGCAAUCCAAUAAAAUUGAUAACAUGGUAAAACUACAUCAGGAGCUAUUUGUGUAAAAAAUUAGGUUUUAAUAAUAUUUUUUAUUUCUAAAAUUUUAUUUAUGUAAUUUUAUUUAUUGCUUUUACAAGAUAUUUAUUGCUUUAGAAGAUGAUCUUCAAAGACAGCUCUUUCAGUCCUUUCAAAUAAGGCUUCAACUAAAUAUGAACAUUUCUACCAACAAAACUAAAUGUAUGACAAUAGCAAAAGAUCCGCUUAGAUGUAAUUUAGUCGUUGAGAACAACCCCAUAGAACAGGUGAUGCAAUUCAGAUAUGUGGGCAUAGAUAUAUUAAGAACCCACGACCCGGUAAAGGACCUGAGGAAUCAGAUCAACAAAGCAUCCGCAUCGUCAGGAUGUCUACGGGAGAUAGUCUGGUCAAUUCCAUAUAUGCGCACAGAUAGUAAAAUUAUAAUCUACAAGAAUUGCAUACUUCCGAUUAUGACAUAUGGCACAUAAAUGCGCGAAUACACCAACAAAACGAAACAGAUGCUAAGGGUUGUCGAAAUGAAAACCCUAAGAACAAUAGUAUGAAAAACCAGAAGAGAUAGGAUGAGAAAUACAAACAUUAGAGAGCAAUGCAAAAUUCAAAUAUUGUAAGAUGGGGAAGGCAGCGUAAAAGGAUUUGGUACAACCAUGUAAGACGAAUGGAUGAGCAUAGACUCCCAAAAAUUGUCCUAGAAAACAACCCGCCUGGUUCAAGACCCCCGGAAGGCGACCUAAAAGAUGAAAUGAUAGUUGGCAAUCUACCUCCCAGGAAAAUAACCAGAGGCAGCUUCAGAAUUAAACAGAUCGAAAGAUCUCCAAGAAGUAAAUUAAGGAGACGAAGCUUUUACAAAAAUAUCGAGUAAAAUAGGUACAGAAUAAAGAUACAGCAAUGUUACCUUUUACAAAAGUUUAUGGAUUCAAGAAUAUUUCAUCGUCUAUAUUAAAAUAGCUCAUACAUAAUAUUAUCAUUUGGGUAAGAUUUUUCACUUUUUUAUUUUAACGUUUACUGUAUAUUCGAAAAUUUUUCUACGCAUUUAUAACCCAACACAUAACCUCAUCCAUGUUCCUCGCACUCAUUGCUUUUCCAAUUGUAGUUCUCCAACUGGUGAUCGAUAUUUUAUCUUUCGGUGGGGUGGGUUUUCAAUUCCAUGCUGCCUUCGUUAGUCCUUCUUUCUCCAAUCUAAAUACCACUUUAACUGUCUGCAGCUUUUUUACGUCUGGCACUGGCACCAUUGUCUCAUCGACACCGAUCAUUUCCGUUAUUCUUUUGAUUCUCACUCUCUUUUGUCUGGAUAUUAUGUAUGACCGUUUUGACAUUCCAUAGCAGUGAAUCGUUCAACAUUUUUUCUUAAUCUUCAUCGCAUUGUACUCUUAGACGUUACCUUUUCUUCCUUCACUUAUGUUUUUUGCCUCCAUAUACUACUCAAUCUGUUUACUGCUCUCCUUUCUUGCGAUAUUCUUUCCCUAAUCGCUUACCUUUCUGUUCCUUGUUUGUUUACAGUUGCUCUGAGCUAUUUGUAGUCAUCACAACCAUCAAUAACGUCGUUGAACUCUUCGCCCAAAAUUAGGUAUAUUUUCUUCCCUUAUUUUCACAGAUAUUUUUAGUACUCCUCUCGUACUUUCCUGCUCACAGAAUACAUGACACAUGACAAAUAUGGCUUAGCUGUCUCAAGAAUAGAAAAAUGCUUGAGUGGAGGCCACGGACAUGCAAGCGCAGCCGAAGAAGACCCUCAACGCGAUAGACCGACGACCUCAAAAGAAUUGUGAUCAAUUGGAUAGCAAAGGCGCAGAACAGAAGAAGAUGGAAAUAUCUGGAAGAAGCUCAUGUUCAACAAUGGACAAUUCAGAGCUAAUUUAUGAUUGAUGUUGGGUAAAGAUAAGCCGGUCAUUUGCAAAUUGCAACAUAUAUAAAGUUUCUGUUAUUAACUGGAAUCCCCAUCCCCAGACAUUGGUGGCAUUUAUUAAGAUCUUUUUUAUAUGAGUUCAUUCCAUUACUUUGUUCAACUACAAUUCGUAGUUCGUUCAACUACAAUUUUUCUAAUGGUGCACUUUACAUGCUUUUGUUUGAUCUAUGAAGGUUAGGUACAGGCUUCUUUCUAUGUUCACAGUGAUGUACACACGAACGUUCUCGUCGGAACUAAAUUGUUUCUCAGCUACUUGUUGAUUGUAUUCCUUUUCAAUUAAGUUUUGAUAACUUUUGCGUAUAAUUUGUUGAAUGUGGAUGUACUAAUUUUCAUGUAGUUAUCACAAUUAUUCGAUCUCUUUCUUCUUAUGAAUUGAAGUAAUAAAUCCUAUUUUCCGCAUCAAUUUGGGUAGUAUUUUUAAAAUUGUCAUUUUCCUGAGAUUAUUCAGAGCUUCAUAUUAUUGUUCUAGUUCACUAUAUGGUUUUUUUGUAGUAGACGUAUCCAUUGUAACAUGUAUAGUUCCUCUAUAUUUAUGUUAUAUAGUACAAAAUAAUUUAGUUAUUGUUUUAAGCCAACUGUAAUCUAAUUAGUGUCGUCAGUAUAUAUAACAAACAGUUAAAACUCUGCGACCUUGAUGAAGUCACCCAUUUUUUCCACGCAUACAGAUUGUGGCGAAAAGUCGCAUAACCCACUGCGCUUCAGCAUACUUUCAAAUCUUGAAGUUGAAGGUUUGACUAGCAACUCAGGUGCGUAGUAGCACAGUUGCUGUUGGUUUAACCUUGUACAUUCAUUUUAAUAUGUUGCCUCUUGAAGCUGUUGGAACUACUGUGAACAUUCAAAGAUUGGAGAAUAAUUUAUUUGACCUAUUUAAUUCGUCUAAUAUUUCUAACUCUAAGUCUAAUUUCUACAAUAGGGCUUUUAGUAAUUCUGAUUACCAGAAAUAUUUUUUUAUUGGUCGUAACUUUUCGCCUCAGAUGAGAGAUAAGAAUAUGACUGCCUCUACAAGACGAGACUUCAAAAACUUCAAAGAUGCCGACGCGCGACGAGAGUGUCACUACUGUUUGUUUUUAAUACUGUGACUGUACAAUAAGUACAUUACUUGCAACUUUCAUUACAAAUUUCAGUGUCGUUUCACUUUUUUGCAUUUAUUUUGAUACUUUUUUUUAUUUAGCUUAAUGCCUCGACAACUAAUGGUCAUUGGCAUGGUACAGUGGAUUUUACAAUCAGGUACCUAUACUAAAUUUACAAUCAAGAUGCAGUAGAAAUAAACGAACCAAGACACGUUAGAUGCUACUAGAAGCACUCCCGAGUCAUAAUUUACAAUGUACAUAUAAACUUUGGAAAUCAUGAUUUGGGAUUUACAAUGUAUGUAUAUACAUUGUAAAUUAUGAUUCGGGAGUGCUCCUAGUAGCAUUUAACGUGUGUUGGUUUGUUUAUUUCUACUGCAUCUUGAUUGUAAAUUUAGUAUAGUGUAAUGUAUAGUGUGUGUGUUGAGUAAGGUCUUGUUAGUUAGCAAAGUCGACGUCAUUGUCUUUACAAAUAAUAUUAAUAAUAGUCUCCCGUAUUAUACCGCUAACGCGGCUUUGGGAUUAUAGCAGGGUAUUCUAGUAUCUCUAGGGCCUACGGUAUACAAGAAAGGUAACAGGACCAGUGCUACGCUUCAACCGGAAAUUAUUACCCCUGGUUUUACCCAAGGUACUAAUUUUUAUUCAAACUGAGUCGACCUGGGGCCAGACAUGCUACGGCGGGCACCUUUGAGUUCACUCCCGUCUUGAGCAGGUAGUUAUUUUAUUAGUCGAGUUCACUCCCGACACUAUUUGAAUUCACUCCCUAGCGAUUUUACAAUAAAGGAUAUUAUUUUUCUGAAAUUUAAACAUUGUUGCCAAAUAGUACUUUUAUUCAUAAAAAUAACUAUAUAGAAAUAAAUAUAUUUUAAUAACCUGCAACCUACAUAUUUCUACAUAUCCAUAUCUAAAAUUAAACUAAAUGAGACAGUGUCGAAGUGACAGAAUUGUGUUUAAAUCACAACCAUGAUAAAAUACCUGAAGAUUUUCUUAACAGACAAACUUUAAGUAAUUUAAUAAAAAUUAAAGCAGUUGAAAAUAUCUCGGCAAAACAAAGUUGUUUAAUCAGAAAUGAGGUGAGAGAAUCCCAAUGUGACACUAUUACUACUUUAGACAUUCACAAAAUUAGGAUAACGUGUAUGUUGCUAGGUCUCAAAUUGCACCUAAACUUCCUAAAAACAUUAGUGAAUUCCAUACGUUAUUAAAUUCUGAAGAAAUAAAAACUAAAGAGGGGAACGUUUUCUUCUAAAAAAUGACGAUAAUAAUCAUACAGUAAAACCUGUGUUACCGGCCACCUGUCAAAAUCGGCCACCUGUACUAACGGCCAAUUUCAAAAUUCACCAAACAAAUUAUAUGUAGAUUCCCUUAUUUAUUAUCUGGUAUUUACGGCCACCUUUAUAAUACGGACGCGGCCAAAUAAUCACAUAUUUUUAAAGCACAUUUUAUAGAAAUUUACCUGUUAAUGUCGGCCAAAUAUUUUUGUCAACUUGUUGAUAGAAAUUCCCAGUACUAUAUAAUACCUAUUGUACCUACCUAAAAAGGGAUUAAAUGAUUAGGGUCGGUGUAGUGGUCAUAAAAUGUCAUAAAAGAGGAAAUGUUUGUCAUUAUUUAUAAGUACGGAUUACAAAAGUUGACCGAAAAAUAUGGGUUGUAAAAACUCAAAUUAUCAAAGGACAUUAUAAAAAAAUAACAGUGAAUUGAAAAAAUUUUUCAACAUCCCCUUUUUUUUCGUAGUAUUAGUAGAGUCCGUUCAUAUAUAGAAUUAUAUUUGCUUUUAAUAAUAAAAUAAACAAAGUUCCAAUUACCUUUUAUGUAUUUGUAGACUACACCAACUGGAAAUACCGGCCACCUUUCUAUAUCGGGCAAUAGUUCGUUCAUUUUUAGUGGCCGUUACUGACAGGUUUUACUGUAUAAUCAUGUUCUCGUGUGAAAGAAAUUUUUUGGAUUUAAGAAAAAUAUCGACAUUUUAUAUUGAGAGCACUUUUGAAUAUUGUCUAAGAUUUUUUUAAAUAUUUACUGUUCACGGUUUCAAAAACGAGCAUUGUAUUCCUCUCGUUUUCAUUCUUCGAAAAUAUAAAAAUGCAACUUCAUUAUGUUAUAAAGUUAGAGCAAUUUCAUGUUUACUCUAAUGUAUGUGCCUAUUCAAUGAAACUUUAGUGACCAAAUAUUAACAAGGACAUAACAAUGAAAGUUUGUUUUCUUGAAUUGUCACAAAGUUGCAUUUUUAAAAAUCAUCCCAAUUAGAUGUAUGUAGUACUAGAUGUAUUAGAUGUAUGUUGCAAGAACGUCCAAUAAGACAUCUUCUUCUUCAGGUGCCGUCCUCGUUCCGAAGUUUGGCUAUCAUCAGUGCUAUGCGUAUUUUUGAUACCGUAGAUCUAAAUAAUGGGCAGCUGCUGCACUUGUACCAAUCUCUUAAAUUCUUCAACCAUAAAUGUUUUCUUCUGCCAAUGGAUCUUUUACCUAUUAUUUUUCCCUGAAUAAUUAAUUGUAGUAGCUGGUACUUUUGUCCCCUCAUUAUAUGUCCCAAGUAUUGCAGUUUGCGCUUUUUAAUAGUAAAGUUCUUUUUGUUUCUGCAUCCUUCGCAACACUUCCAUAUUUGUCACAGAGUGACAAACAUGGAAGUGACAAUAAGACAUAAGUACUUUUAAACGAAUGAUUUGUCAACAGUGUCCAGAUUUUAAGGUAUAAUAAUUACUUAUACUAAUGACGGCUUAUAAUGGCCUGGGAGUGAAUUCAAACAUUACUUUUUAGGGAGUCAGGUAAUAUUCAUAUUUUGGGAGUGAACUCAACUCGUCCCGCUACGGCCUGAGGUAUCCGGGCCCAUUGUCUUUACAAAGAGACACUAAUUGUAUCUGAAUUAUCGUGACUUACUUCUAUUUCUUAAUAAACGCCUGGGUAGACCAUUGUUAUAAAAAGCAAUGUUUUAAAAAUAAAUACAAUAAUGUUAUCCUUUACAGUUACAAAAUAUCACAUAUUUAAAUAAAUAAAAUGAAUAUAAACAUUAUAACCCCAUAAACGAAUAAAUCUAAAUCAUUUAUUUUCAAGGAUUGUCUGUUAAAGUUUUAGGCAUGUACUCGAUUAUUAUUGCAGUAUAAAAUAUUUAUUAUAAAUUUUAAACAUUUUAGAAUUAUGCAAGACCAAAUUGUUUAGUUUUGAUGGUAAACCUUUAAAAAAUUAUUAGAAAGUAUACUGUUUUAUUGUUUUGUUUGUAGAUUUUAAAUCAAUUAUGUUAUGAAAUGCAUAGGAAUGUUACAAAAGAACGGGUUACUUUUAGUAAUGGUAAGUUCGUAACUUAGGGCUUCUUAGAAUGUUCUUACUUGGAUUUAAUACAUUUUCUCAUUACUGUAAACAUGUACCUAAACUAAAGUGCAUGGAAAUCGGUCCACUUUAAACUUUUGACUUGAACUAAAUUUUUUUCAGUUUGAUUAUUACUUGGAUCAAAAAAGGGAUAUACUGUUUGAAAGAUAAUUUAGUAUGCUUUAAAAUGUUUACUGCUCAUGAUGCUUGAGUAGCGUCACGAAGGUUUUAUCAAAGGUGCCGAUGACGCAUACGUGGCGUCAAUAGUACUGUGUUACUAAAUGAACGAUUUAAGUACGUGGUAUCAGCCAAGUGGCGCUUGUUCAAGAUGGCCACCAAAUAUUUUGUAUGAGUAUACACUUAUGAAAAUUUAUUUCGACUUCUUAUGUUUAACGUUGUAAAACUAAUGCAUCAAGCAAAUUAACCCUUUUUAGUGCUAACAUAAAAAGGGUGUUUGACAAUUAAAAAUUUAACAGUUAAUGUUUUGUAAUGAGUUAGAUCUUUAUUUGCAUUAAUAACUUCUUUCAUACGAUUAGACAUAAAUCUAACCAAGUUCGCUAUUGUUUCUUGUAGGAUGUUAAGCGACUCUCCUUCUACUGCGACAAUAAGCUCUGGGAUCGAGUUUGGGGUAUGAAGUCUAGUUCGAAUUCUUUGUUUUAGCUUUUUCCAUAUAUGUUCUAUUGGACUGAGGUCUGGACUGCACGCUGGCGAUUACAUGACCCUAAAACCGACUCCGGCAAUGUAAUCUUGAACUAUUCUUGAAGUAUACGGCCUUGCAUUGUCGUGCAUAAAAAUAAAUUCGUCUCCAAUGUAUGUAUGUAGUUAACGUGAAUUACCACAUGCAUUGCUAAAAUCUCCUCGAUGUAUUUAGCACCCGUUAAACCUCCUCUCUCAUGAAGACGGUUACGGUUACCCUACAAAUAAAAACAAGGUCGUUUCGUGUCCCCAUAGAAAUUACACUUUAGAUCAUGCAGGAACCAUCUCCAUAAGGACUGCGGUCUUCAAUGCAGCAUCCUGCAAAUCGCUCUCUUCGUGUUCGGUACACUUUCCUUCUUCGGUCGCUAUCAUAGAAGCAUAUUCUCGUCGCGUGUGAGAGCAGAACAGAUUCCCAUUUUUCCAACGUCCAGUUCAGAUGAUCUCGUGCAAAACACAGGCGUGCUUGAUGAUGAGCUGCAGUAAGUUUUUGACCAAUCACAGAUACUAUAGGAGCACAUUAUUUUCCUCCAUGCUUCGUCUGUCCACUGACUAGUAACCACUUCUCUUACUUCACGGAGCGUUGUUGUACUUGAAAGACAUUAAGGUGGUGGUUUAUUAAUAUUGUCGACACAAUAAUGUGCUCAUCACAAGCAAUUUUAAAUCGCUUUCUACCUGAUUCAGGUCGUCUACGAAAGGAUACAGUAUUUUUUGGAAUACUCUUCUUUACUGGAUAUGACCGCUGCGCGUGUCAUAGUACAGCCAGUUGUACAGAAACAGCUUGCUGUAAGUCUGUUUUCUAUUAGUGCAAUAACUUGGGCGGCUUUUCUGGUGUAGUAUCCAUUAAAAUUACAUACACUUGAACACUAAUUAAUUAUUAAAAACGAACAAUAUGCAAUUUUUAGUUGCAAAGGCAAAUUUUGAUAAAUUUUGAUAAAUUGUAACAACAAAUUUUGAUAAAUUUCUUGUUAUCGUUGUAAACAUCAAAUUAAUACUUUUCCGUCUAUCGGUUGCUACACUUAUAAGGGAUAAGCAAUCCAUGACGAAUUUAUACUCAUAUUAAAGCGUUUAAUGUCUGGUUGCACCAACACUAGCAUCUAAUACCGUUAAUUUUCAUAUUAUUUGCAUUAGAAUUAUGUCAAAUAAUGCGAUAAUAUAAUUAAGGUCAUUAGACGCUAGAAUGGCACCAGCAUAAGGAUUUACAUUUAUAUUUAGGCUUAAGGUACGUAUUAAGCUUAAUGUUUGUUGGUGCAACCCUUUUUGGUGCAAGUGUAUCCCUUUUUUGAUAGAAGUAGUGAGUUUCAGAAAUAAUCGUAAUUCAAUUAAAAAGUUUAAAGUGGGUUCGAUUUCUAUGCACGCAAGUUUAUUAUAUUAAACAUAUUGAAUAUAAAUAUCUCCUUAUUUUUCUUAUUAAGGUAGUUGUCAUGAUGAUAUUUUCGUGAUGUAUCAAUUUUCUGGUGUGCAUUCUUCAAAAUGUCAUACCAGUUCUAGUAUUAGGUUUAUAUGCAGUUGUAUAUAAGAGUUGCAUAUUAUUUAUUUAAACAACUGCGUUAUCAGUCAUCCAUUUUUUAAUUUUUAUCAAACUCUAACUUUUGUCGCGUAAGUGAAAUUUUUGUUUCUAACUUUAUAAUAUAUUUGAAACUACAGAAAAUCUCGGAAUGAAUAUAUAUUAAUACUAAUUUCUCUUGUAACAUUUUUAUCGUAAUGCUGUUUGUAAAAAGUACUAUUUAGUCUAAUUUUUUUGUAAACAGGGGCAUAAAAUAUACGAAAAUAUUUAUUCGUUAUCUUAAGUAGAAAAUAUAUCAAAUGCUAGUUGUGGUUUCUAUGUGAUGAGUAGAAGUUUGAAUAUUUAUUGUCUUUAUAACUAACGGAAUAGCGUACUUAUAGCAGAAAACGAAGAAGUCAAAAUAAAUUGAAUGUUUUAAUUAUGCCAUGAAAUGGUCAGUCAUUAUAGUACGGGAUUCGAAUCUACGUCGACAUUCUUACUGGAUGAAAUAUUUUUUUAAAUAAAUUUCAUAGAUAGACAAAUACGACUUGCAUGGGUUGCCUCAUGUCAUUGUCAUAGCCAUCCUCAAGGGGAGAGUAGAGUUUGAAAUCAACAUUUCAAGGACAUAUUUGUUAAGUUUUUUUUAAAGUAUUUUUAAAGUAUUUAAAAAUUCAAAGAAACUUAUUGAAAAAUAAACCAUCGGUGGCAAAUUUUUAAAGACACCACAAAAAAAAUGGAUUUUGCGUAGGACAUCAGAACUUAUCAUUGCAUCAUGUGAAGAAACAAAAAAUUCAAAAAUAUUUUAUUAACGUGUAAGUUACUCGAUGUAACGCUGUCUAGUUUUUUAGUUUUAUUAAUUUUUGACUUUUUGGUAUCACUCAGAAGUCAAAACAACAAUUUUUUUGCAAAAUGGGUGAAACAAAAAAUAGAAAUGUAUACCAUUUUUUUAUUUUCUAUUUUAUAGUAGUAUUACUCCGUGGAGUAACUAGGUGCAUUUUCCGUUGGAACUUUACCAAGCUUCAGACGUGGUUGUGAAUUGCAUGGUGUAGAAUUCCUUCCCUUUUGUCUUCACUGCAGCAUCCAUUUGGCUUGCAAAUUGUAGAAGCCUUGGAGGUGUCACCAGGGAAAUAUACCAAUAAGUUUUCAAUUUAAAAAUCUUUUAGUAAUAUUUUUAAUAUUUUUCAAUAUUAUUAAUGUUGCUAUUAGGACUGAAAAACUUUAUCUUUCUAUUGCCAGAUGACGCUAGUCACCUAAUCCAUUCACCUUAGUUGCAGUGUGGGACUAAUAUAUGUCGAAAAAUUUACUGGAUUAGAGAAAAGCAACCUAUGCAUUCUCUGAAGAGCCUCUAACAAGAGGUGAAAUCGUCGAUAAGAGUGCUGAUUGCGUUCUCUAAUCUAAGUGAAAAUUAAGACAUUUUUGGCCUCGCAUUGCAACUGAAUAAAAAUGGUAUACAUUUUUAUAUUUUUAUUUUUUAUUUUAUAGUAGUAUUACUCCGUGGAGUAACUAGGUGCAUUUUCCGUUGGAACUUUACCAAGCUGCAGACGGGGGUUGUGAAUUGCAUAGUGUAGAAUUCCUUCCCUUUUGUCUUCACUGCAGCAUCCAUUUGGCUUGCAAAUUGUAGAAGCCUUGGAGGUGUCACCAGGGAAAUAUACCAAUAAGUUUUCAAUUUAAAAAUCGUUUAGCAAUAUUUUUAAUAUUUUUCAAUAUUAUUAAUGUUACUAUUAGGAUUGAAAAACUUUAUCUUUCAUAAAACAAAAAAUAUCUCAACAUCGUUACCUGGCUAAAUGACUAAAGAAAAUAUAAUAUACAAAAUUUCCGGUGGAUCGUUCAAGUAAUUUUUGAGUUACAAUGUCCACCGCCUUUGAAAAAUCCAAUUUUGAGAAAAAUGCCUUUAAUAUUUUGUCAACUUUAUUAUCAACUUCUUUUUGUCAGUGAUACGCACCGGAAUAUGUUUUUGAAUCGUGGAGAAAUUUACAAAAGAAAAUGGGAACAGCUGUUGAAAGUUUCUCACUACGCUCAAGCGCACUGGCGCGAACCUGCUGCAAAGCGAGUCGAAGGUACAUAUGGAUAUUCAACACUAUAUCAUCGCCUUUGUUAUUAAAAUUUAAUUAUUUGAUAAUAUUUAAGAAUCUUUAAUAAUCUUUGAUUUUAUAUAUGUUUUGACUGGUAAAGAGAUCGGUGCAAUCACCUACAUUUGCUUACUUGUUUACACUGCUUCCCCGGUUGCCAUGAAUGUUAACACGUAUGCAAUACUUCAUAGACCUAUUUUAUAUGUUUUAAACUUCUAGUUUUAAUAAAAUUUGAUCGGUAAAGAAAUGGGUGAAACUUGCUAAACAAAUAUUUUUUUAUUAGUUUGAAAAUUUUGAAAUUUUCGAUUCUUUUUAUCAUUUUAAAUCAAAAUACAUAACUUCAGGCAAUAAAAAAGCUAAAAUGUAGAAAAGCACAACGAGAGGAUGGAAUAACAGUUGAAAUACUCAAAGAAAUGGGAGAAUUAGGGACGGAAAUAAUGCUUAAAAUUUGCAAUGCGGUCUGGAAUACCGGAAAGUGGCCAAAUGACUGGGGUAAACUCACGUUUAUUCCCAUAUACAAAAAAGGUUCUCCGACAGAUUGCAGUAAUUACCGUACAGUAGCGUUGAUAUCUCACGCGAGCAAAGUACUUCUAACAAUAAUCAAUGAAAGAUUAAAAUCCAUUCUCUUACCGCAAAUUCCCCAAGAAUAAUGCGCAUUCGUCCCAGGUAGGGGAACAAGAGAACACAUUCUUAGUAUUCGUCAAAUUAUCGAAAAAUCUCGAGAGUUUAACAUAGAAACAUAUUUGUGCUUUGUUGACUACUCCAAGGCUUUCGAUAACGUAAAAUGGGACAAAAUGUGGCAUAUACUUAGAGAAAUGGGUACGCCAGAACAUCUAAUCUAUCUAUUACAAGCACUUUAUGUAAAUAACACCGCUAAUGUAAGAGUUAAUAAUGUGGUUUCGAAAAACUUCAAAUUAAAAUCUGGAGUUCGGCAGGGAUGUAUAAUAUCCCCCAUUCUAUUCAAUAUAUAUAGUGAACACAUUAUUCGUCAAGUUUUUGAGGAAUGGCAAGGUGGAGCAACGAUAGAAGGAAGAAAACUAAAAAACCUACGUUAUGCUGAUGACACUGUUACAUUGGCGUCUUCACCAGAAGAACUGGAAGAAAUUAUGAAUAGGCUAGGAACGGUGAGUACGGAAUAUGGUUUGAAAAUACAUAUACAGAAAACCAAAGUAAUGAUCAUCGAUAGAAUCAGAAACAACCAACCGGAGAUAAGAGAUUUGGCAGGUUACGAAGUGGUCAAACAAUUUAAUUACUUAGGCUCCGUUAUUACUAACAGUGGAGGAUGUGAAGACGAGAUUCGUAGGCGCAUCAUAAUGGCCAGAUCGGCAACAGCCAAACUCACAAAAAUAUGGAAGAAUACUGACAUUACAAAAAACACAAAAUUACGUCUUGUCCGAGCGUUAAUAUUUCCUAUCGCCACCUACGCUUCAGAGACUUGGACCAUCAAAAAAGCAGAUUCAAAACGUAUAAUGGCAUUUAUAUAUAAUGGCACAUACCGGAGAAUGUUGCGCAUACCAUGGACCGCACAUCGCAUAAAUAAUUCAAUAUUAGCCAAACUUAACAUAAAAACUAGACUCAGCACAACUAUCAACCAAAAUAUACUGAGAUAUUUUAGACAUAUAACUAGAAGAAGAGAAGGCGUGGAUCGAAUGAUAGUUGAAGGCAACGUACAGGGCAGAAGAUCCAGAGGAAGAUCUCCAUUACGAUGAUCGGACCAAAUAAAGGACAUGACCGGUUACUUAUUCUCCGAAGCAAAACAACACGCGCAAGAGAGAGAGAACUGGACGAAAAUAGUCAAACGACUUACAUGACGCCACUAUAUCCAUACGAAGGAGAACAGAUAGAGGAGGAGGACAUAACUUCAAGAAUACUCUCUGAAAGCUAAACAGCUGUUUCCAUUCUCUUUUGUAAACUACUCCGGGGUUCAAAAACAUAUUAAGGUGUGCAUUACUUUACGAUUUGACGAACAAAAAUAAAUUGAAAAUAAAAGUUGACAAUACAAAACGCACUUUUCUCAAAACUGCUUUUUUUAAGGCGGAGGACAUUGUAACUCAAAACUACUGGAGGGAUCUACCAAAAAUUGUGCAUAUAUUUUCUUUAGACAUUUCGUUAGGUAAUACUGUCAAGAUAUCUUUUACUUUUUGCUUAUUUUUUGUUUAACAAUUAUAAAUAUUUUACUUUUCACCCUUUUGUUGAAAAAAUUCGAUGUUUUGAUUUCUGAGUGAUACCAAAAAGGCGAAAAUAGUUUAAACUAAAAAUCUCGACAACGUUACCUAGAGAAACUCAUAAGCUGAUGAAAUCUUUUUGAAUUUUUUGUUUCGCAUGAUCUAAUAGUUAGUUGUGAUGGCCACCGCAGAAUCCAUUUUUUUAGAUGUCUUUAAAAAAUUGCCACCGUUGACUUAUGUUUGAAUAUUUUUCCAUGAAUUUUUUUUGAAUAUUCUUCAAAUUGUACUUAAUAUGCUUAUUUAAUUUCUGAUAAAAUAAUUCUACCACUCUUCCAAAAAAAAUGUGCUUGUCACGAAAAUAUAAAAAAAAAUGUUCCAAAAAAAUGUCACGAAAAUCUGCUUGAAAUGUUGGUUUCAAACCGAACGCGCCCUUAAGGAUAACUAUAACCAUAUUUCGAUAGGCAACCCAUGCAAGUCGUAUUUGUCUAUGUAUGAAAUUUAAUAAAAAAAUAUUUCCUCCGGUAUGAUGGGUUAAGGUCGACCUAGUUUUUGAUCUUAGACUAUUAGAAUUUUAUAAAAAAUAUUGAUGCCUGGUAUAAAAAUGGAGUGGGGUUUUUGACCCCACUUCACAAAAUUACUCACAACUCUAAAAUUAAUAAUAGAGUAAACUUAAAUAUAGUAAACUUAUAUUAAAUCAACUUUGAUCUAUUGCUCCUGAUAAGUUUUACAAAAUUAUAUUAUCAUUGUAGUUUAACAUAAUGUCGUAAAGGACGUUGAAAUGAGCGUCACUUCCGAUGUAACAAAUGUUUAAGCUUUUAUGUAGUAUGUACACAUUUCCAGACAACCUAUUUUACUACUGAGAAGAGGGUUUGACAUCUGACCAUAAAGAUAUAAAAGGGAAUAUAAGUACGGUAUACAACCGUUUCCAGAAUAUUUAAUGCCCUUGCUUAGUUUUGUAUUAUACUGUUUAUUAUACUAAUAUUAUUUUUAUAUAUAACUUAAUUAUAUUGUGUUGAAAAUAAUAGAAUGAGAGAUUAAUGUAUGCAGCGUGACCAAAAGUUCUCUUGUCAUACAAUCAUUGAAAAGAAAGUAUAAAAUCUGCCUUUUAAAUGACAUAACUAUAGAGCUUUCAUUUUAGUAGUGUUGCUGAUGAUGUUAUGUACGUCUAUGUAAGUAAAAGUACUCUUAUUAUGUACUAAUCAUUGGUAAUAUAUGUCCUCCAUCAUA